UAUAAAAGACGAGAGGCGAUGGCGACACGAGAAUAUACUUGAACAGUUUACGAUUUGACGAUGGCUGGACGCGGUAAUUCUCGUUCGGCUGCCCAGAAAUGUGCUCUUCUGAUGUUCCUUGUCGUCAGUCAGGUAACAGGAAGAGAGGUUUGCGAUAAAACCAAGUGUGCUGGUCCACUGAGAUACUAUGAGGCAAUCGGCUGUACUCCCGUCUACGCGAAUUCUGGCGAUUGUUGUGCGGAAUCAUACAACUGCAGUCAUCUGGACAAUUUGUCACGCGAUAAAUGUUACGCGAAUGGAAACGAAUACAGCCUUGGGGAGAAGCUGAAGGCCGAGGACGCUAAUCCUUGCGACAUUGGUUGUACAUGUAGAUCUUACGGUAAUGUUGCGGACUUCAUAUGCGCGGCCGUAGAUUGUGCAUUUAUUACGCCGAAAGAAAACUGUUUUCUUAGACAUGAGCGCGAUAGAUGUUGUCCAGAUACGACACCAACGUGUUACGCGAAAGAAGAUGAAGUAGCGACUUGUGUGGUUGAUGGUGUUACUUACCACGAGGGACAACAAUUUAAUCCAAUAUCUGAUCCGAGCCUGAAUUGCAUCUGCAUGCAUGGAUAUACAGGUGAAAACGUCGAGCCCUUCUGUAAGAAACCGAAUCGUGACUAUUGCUCCCCUCUGUUCCGAAACGCCGAAAGUAUUCAUAACAAAUGUGCACCAAUGUUCUACGCAGAUCAGAAUCCACAGAAAGAUUGCAGCUAUGCUUUUAGAUGUCAAGACACAGGCGACACUGUUAUUCAUAAUCAUGCUAAGUCCGCGGAUGUUUCUGACGAAGAGCACAAGAUUUGUCGAUUUGGUAAUAUGACGAUGCACUUAGGCGACGAAUUGAGUCAAGGAACCAGCUAUAGUUCCAAUUGCGUAAAAUGCGUGUGCGAGGUGCCUCCAAUCCCGACGUGCCGAAGACUUACGGACAAGGAUUGUCCGUCGCAAUUUGGAGAUGUAUCGAUUUUGGUACCAAACGUGUAACGUCUCAUGUUCAGGGACGUGAACAGUUACCACCAGUUGUAAUAGUAGUACAAAUAAAGCUAUAAUCAUCCAGAAAUUUUAACCGGAAUGCAAUUAACAAUCCCAAGUUUGAAAAAGUGAAGAAAUAUAUAAAAUAAAUAACCUUGAAAUUGAA